AUGAAGAUGCAAUUAAAGAGAAUAGGCCAUAUUCAAAACGCCUUCUUGAACUUCAAAAAGACAGGCACGGCGAAAAUGACGAUGGGUGCGUGUCUAUCCCGCACCGAACAAUUAAAAGCGCGAUGGAGGGAGUUCGACAACGUGCAUAAGAUGUUGGAAGACGAUCCAACGGUCGGUACAGAAAUUAAUUAUUUUAAACUAGACGCAUACAGCUCAACGUAUGAAGACUACCUGGUCAACUUGGACAUUUUGAAAGACUUUCAAUUGACGCUGCAGAGUCAGAGCGUUGGACAAACGGCGCCGGAAGGAGUUGUCGCAGAUACGGAUAUGAAUCAAGCGAAGUUGCCGCCGAUUGUCAUUGCUCAAUUUUCCGGCUACAUUCAAGAUUGGGUUCGAUUUCGAGAUACCUUCAAAGGGAUGGUGUUUGAUCGUCCGAACCUUCCGAACAUAUUCAAAAUGAAUUAUUUGCGGACGUACGUCAGAGGCGAAGCAGCUGAAUUGCUUCAAGAAGUACCGUCCGGGGGAGAGCAUCUCGUAACGGCUUGGAAAGUGCUCUUAAGCCAUUACGACAACAAAAGACUGUUGAUCAAUAAGCUGAUGACCAAGUUGAUGUCACUACCAGUUAUGACCAAUAACUCUGCUUCAGAGUUCAUGCGUGUGCUCAAUGGAGUGCGCAAUCUACUGCAAGCUUUAAAAGCCUUGGGCAGUCCAACAGAACACUGGGACCACUUCACCGUAUUUCUGACUAGGAGUAAGAUAACUCAAAAAUGUCAGUCGAAGUGGGAAGACAGUGUUAAACGUGCAGAUGACCCUACGAGACCCGAUGAAUUCGAGAAUCUUUGCAAAUUCCUCGAAGCGGAGAGAAACGCUCUCUCUUUGCUGGAGAGUACAAAGGAUUUUGUGAAAAAGACUCCUCAAGCUGUGAGCGAGUCUAAGGCUGUCACGAGUAAAGGACGCAAAUCAGUGAAUUUCGUGCAGGUGGGCGCAGGCCAGAAUUUGUGUCCUGUCUGCUCUGAGCCGCACUCGAUCGAAAACUGUCCUGCAUUUCGUAAACUCAGUGUCGAAGAGAGAAAGCGAGUGUUGGGUCAGAAACGCCUCUGCUAUCAGUGCUUGGGCGCUCACAUGAUAAAGGAUUGCGAAGCUCCAACGGCUUGUUUCAACUGCAACGGCAAACAUCAUACGCUCAUCCACUUACCAUCGAAAAAGUCUAAAGUUAAAAAUGAAGCUUCUAAGCGUGUCCAGGAAGAAGCCUCGACCCCCAAUGAAAACUCGACUACUGUACGCAACGUGUUGGCCGCUGUCACGUUUGAAAAGAUAGACGAUGAUUUGGAGGCGUUGCUUGCUACUGCUCACGUGCGAAUCUCAGCUGACGAGGGUCCGUCUGCGGUGGUUCGAGCGCUCGUAGACCAGUGUGCUCAGUCCUCGUUCAUCACAGAGGAACUGUGCCGGCGUCUACGAUUGAAAAAGCGUCGAGUGAACGUACCUAUCUCAGGUAUAGGAGAAGGACUCGAUAAAACUCGAGCUGAAGUCGAGAUAGUACUGCGCCCUCAUUUUCAGUCCCCUUUUGAGCUUUCCUUUAAAACUUACGUUUUGCAGUUAAUUACGACCUAUCAACCUUCGUGCCAAAGCGCCGAUAUGUGGGAGCAUCUCAAAGGAUUGCAGUUGGCUGAUCCGUACUUCUCGAAACCUGGCCGAGUCGACGUUCUACUUGGCUCUCACACACACGCUCGAGUCGUGCAGACCGGCUUAAUAAAAGGCGACGAGAAAGUUCCAAUCGCUAUAAAGUCACAGCUUGGCUGGAUUCUCUUAGGCAGUGUAAAGAAAUCCAAGAAAGAAGGCACGACUGUUUGCGUGCAAACAGAGGAUAGGCUGGACGAGCAAUUGAAAGCUUUUUGGGAAGUCGAGGAACCGCCUCACGUUUUGCCUUGGUCAUCCGAGGACAAAACGUGUGAGGAACAUUACGUCAAACAUACUGUUCGACUCAAUGAUGACCGAUAUCAAGCCAGGCUGCCCAUAAAGCCCAAUUUGCCUGCAAAUUGGGAGAAUUCGCGGCAAAUUGCCCGCAGCUGCUUACUCUCCCUCGAGCGCAAGCUUUGUAAGAAUCCGGCCUUAUACGAAAAUUACAAAAAUACCAUGCGACAGAUGAUCAGAGCUGACCAAAUGCGAAAAAUUAAAAUCAAGCCGCAAGACACCCAAGCGCAUUAUUUCUUACCUCAUCGCGCAGUGGUGAAAGAAAGCAGCACUACUACUCGAGUACGGCCAGUGUUCAAUGCCUCUGCUCGAAAUGCCUCAGGGCAUUCACUCAAUGAGCACCUCAUGACGGGCCCUAAUUUACUGCCUCAUAUCGUGCUAGUUCUCGCACACUGGCGGCGUUACCCUGUUGCGUUCGUCGCGGAUGUGUCCAAAAUGUAUUUACAAGUGCGCUUGCAUCCCGAAGAUUGGAAGUUCCAGUCUAUACUUUGGAGAGAGGAUCCAAGAGAAGAAAUGGAGGAUUAUGUGCUUACUACCGUCACAUUUGGCUCUGGUCCCUCCGCUUAG